CACCAGAUCCGUUCAGAGCAUGAUCUUUCAUGGUGACUGCCGGCAUAUGCUUGAGCGGCCAGCUUCGUGGGGUAUGUACUGCUUGGGAGGCCAACAGCCUUCAAUUGGUUCUUCGUGCCUUCGACCGAGUGGAGCUCUUUGCUGUGGUACCAGAGGGCGAGGACUGCCCCAAGGCAGCUGGCCUUUUGCCCAACGGCACCCAGAUCCGCUGUGUGCCCGACCGCCCCUUCACUGCGCUGGAAGAGGAGUGGCUGGCAGGAGGUCCUGAGCUCUGUUGGGACCGGGCGAAGUUCUUGCUGCAGCUGAGGCUGGUACACCGUUGUGGGCAGCUUCUACAAGAGAGGAUCAAGGCCGGGGCACGGUAUGAUUGGCUGCUCCGCCUGAGGGCCGAUGCCUACUGGCACCGCUUCCCUGGGUUUGGCACCGGAGGACAAAGAAUUCUCUUGCCAUGGGCCCCGAUCCUGCAGUGGCAGGCUUUUGCAGACAACUUUGCAGCUGGUACGCGGGGGAUGCCAAAGGACCUGGAGUCACCUAUCCUCAGAUCAAUGGACCUUGAAGCUGGACCCAACCAUUUUUUUCAUUUCUUUGGGUCCCUACCUCACGGGGUGUCGCCAGUUUCAUGGGAGUUCCAUCCGCUGAAUGAACAAUCUCACUGGCUGUUGAGGCCAUCGCUGAUGUUGAAAUACUUCGACUUUUACAACUACGUGCUGGAUGCGAGGAACUGGAAGAGCUAUGACUUCCCCAAGGGCGACAAGGUCUGGCGAAGACAUUGGGCGCAUGAGUGCAACUAUCCUGAGCUGAUCCUCGAGAGAUACUUGGUGGACCAACACCUACCAGUGCGCUACACGCGCGACAUUUGCUUUGUCCGGCUGCGUCGGUGCAAGGAGCAAUCCUUCGAAGAUCAUUGCAAGGUUCGUCCGGGCGGUGCCGGCGGUGCCGGUGCCUGGGACGACCUGGAGCCCUGGCGGCGGUGGCAUCUUCAAGGCAUGGAGGUCUUGCCGGAGCAGACCUUUCCCGCCCAGUACGAGCACGACCCAGUCUUGGCCGCCAAGUUGGUGGACUUCUUUCACGCGGAGCAGCGGAAAGUGGGGCGACCCUUGAAGAUCGUGGACUUGGGGUGUGGCCGUGGCACCUUAGUGGCGGAGCUACGUGCCUGGCGGCUGCUGGCCGUGGGUUUGGAUACCAACCCCUUGCUGACGGCCACGCUGAAUGCCUAUGGCCUGGUGGCCGACGUGACGGAAGCCAACCUCAGUUUCACCCUCCGCAGCGCGCAUCCACGGUGCAACUUCCGCCCGCACCUGGGGAAGUUCGCCAAAGGCGGCGAGUACGAGGACGCCGGACAGUCGGCGGGCGUGCAGUUCGAUGGCCGACCCAACAAGCAGGACAUGAGCAAUCCCACAGGCUGGAUCAACUGGAUCAACUACGUGGCUGCGAGGUGCUGUGGACAACUCACCUGCCGUGCCUUCGACACCUUGGGUCGGCUUCGCUGGCAGCUCCCAGAGCGACAGACUUGGAGGAGCAGUCAAGAGGUGUGGCUCUAUGAGAAGUACCAGGACUUGCCUGAUGUGGCGGAGGCGCAGGUGGCCAGCCCCUUCGAGCACGGUCCUGGAAUCCUUCUGCCAGUGCAGUCCGGUGCCACCAUGGACUGGGCCAUCUGCCUGGACGUGGGAGAGCAGCUCAACGGACGUCGCCAGCAGGCGAGAUUGCUGGCGAACCUGGGGCGCCUGGCAGGCGAAGGCAUCCUCAUCAGCUGGGGACGGCGAGCCCCCAGGGACGACUCCUGGUGGCUGCGGGACUUGGCGUUGUUGGGCUUCCAGAGGGAUAAGGACUUGGAGGGAGAGCUGAGGCUCUUCGCAGGCAUCGCUUUGCAAGAGCACCUCCGCCACAGCCUCUGUGUCCUGCGCCGCGGAACGCCGCGGCCGCGGCACCCGCGCUGCGCGCUGGAGCCGGUGAAGGCCACGCCCUACUGUGAGCUGGGCAUCACCUUUGGGUGCUUGGAUGCCCAGCACAUCUGGCUCCGUGGCCACUGUGCGGGCCUCUUCCGCCGCUUCGCGCCGCGCAGCUCCAACCGCAGCACGGCAGCGGUGGGCGAGUGCCGCUUGGUGACGACCAGCCUGCACGAAUACGAGGAGUGCAAGCUCCCAGAGCCGGUCGAACCCAGUUCACCAGGGCAUUUGGCUGUGGAGACCUCGAGAGGCACUGAAUCGCCCGCCCACCGACCGAGCUACGACUGUGUGAGCCUGGGUGUGCCAUUGGAGGAUUUCUGGCGUCUACAUGGUAUCUCUUUGAACGCGCUCUUCGAUAGCGCCGACCCCUUGGUACGAAUGGCCGAGCCCAUUUGGACCCAGGAGUCCUGUGGGGUCUUGGCCAUGAGCUUCAAGCUCUUGAGGUUGCUUGCAGCGCCCCAGCAGCACUUCUUCUCACAGCUGCAGAAGGUCUGGUCCAGCGAGGGCCAAUUCAUUCUGCAGAAGUGGCGCUGGGAGCUCUCGGACAACUGUUGGUUGUCCUCCUUGCUGCUCCGUGCCGCCCGGCGCUGGCGUGCGACCGCACCCCGGCCUGGUGGUGGACUGACGAGGAGUCGUGUACGCCUUGCGGCUCGACGGCUCCGUCGCUGCGCACUUCGUCGUGGAGGGUCCUGCAAGGCGGCGGUGAGCGCCCUGCGGCCGCCGCUGCGGCACGCCGCGUCUGAGCGGGCGAGCUUUGGAGAGCUGCUGCAGGCGAGUGAAGACCUGUGGAGGGUCUUGUCCCACGGAAGGCCGUCGUGUGGUGCCAUGCGCCCGGAGCUACAACGGUAUGUGCAGCGCUUGGUCGCGCUACCAUACUGACCGCUUGUGCUUUCGAAGCUGCCUCUGAAGGGAAAGAGUUGGCGCUGGGUACGGGUGGAACCGGCCGACGACCAAGUGCGAGGGUCGUGGGAUGAACCCCACGACUGAGCCAAGCAGCAGGACUGUCUUGACCCAAGUGAG